UGCUGUUGGUUGCUCUGUUACGUUUCGUUGUUGAUUUUUUGCUCUCCAAAGUUGUGUGUUCAUUUGUACAGUAAAAUAUAUAUUAUUUUUAAUUUGUACUUUAUUUCUAAACAAUCACUUUAAAUGUUAAGACAUUCGUUCGUUCGUUCUAUUUAAUACAACGUUAUACAUAAUUGCUGCUGCUUAAUAAUACUACUUCAUACUUCAUUUACAAAAAUGUAUUUUUAUUUUAAAAGUGUUUAAAGGAACUAAGGAGUUUUAAUAAUAAAUUUAAAGAAAAGUGUUUAUAAAACAAAUAAACAAUAGAAUCGACCACAAAGAGCAAACGAAAGAAAAAUAAUUUUUUAAAACCAAAAAAGGAAAUAAAAGGAAAUGCUCAACUUUAGGAAUAAGAAAAAUGUCAUCAAAACAAAAUAGUGUAAAAGCAGCAGAAGCAGAAAGAGCAGCAGUUGUAACAGACAUAUGGGAACCAGAUGUUCAGGCCACACAACACGAUUUCACCCAUAACCAUGGAGAACAAGAACAUAGUAGAAUGUAUGUCAAUGAUUUCCACGAUGAGGAACGUAUACAAUUUCAAAGAGAAAUAAUGGCCGCUGGCAAAGAUUCCCGUUUUGUGGAUGAAGACGAAGAUGAGGAAGAGGAUGGUUUAUAUGAGGGUGAUGGUUUAUUGGAUACUCGCACUUUAAUUACCAAUAAUCAGGAUAAUGAUGGCGAUGACUGUAUCAAUACUCGCACAAUCUUCGGACUAAUGGGUUUCUUUGGUUUUGCUGUAGUCUAUGCUAUGCGUGUUAAUCUCUCAGUGGCCAUAGUAGCCAUGGUCAAUCAAACGGCCAUACCUCAUGACAACGACAACAGCAACAACUCCUCUGAUAUAAUAAUGGACGAUACUUGUCCCAUGGAUGAUGUUAUGAGAAAUAAAACAUCUCUACUACCUCAAGGUGAAUUUGUGUGGGACGAGGAGACUCAAGGCCUGGUGUUGGGCUCCUUUUUCUAUGGCUACGUUUUGACGCAAGUCCCUGGUGGACGUAUGGCUGAACUGAUAGGAGGCAAAUUGAUCUACGGCUAUGGUGUACUAAUUACCGCUCUCUUUACUUUACUAACACCCAUAGCUGCCUAUUGGAAUUUGCCGUUUUUAAUUAUGGUACGUGUUUUAGAGGGCAUGGGAGAGGGUGUUACCUACCCGGCCAUGCAUGCUAUGUUGGCUCAUUGGAUUCCCCCUUUGGAGCGUAACAAAUUUGCAGCUGUUGUUUAUGCGGGCUCCAAUAUUGGUACUGUUAUCUCUAUGCCUUUAACGGGAUGGCUGUGCUCUUUGGAUUUUAUGGGUGGUUGGCCAUUGGCCUUCUAUCUAUUUGGCAUAGUGGGCAUAAUAUGGUUUAUAUUUUGGAUGUUUUUGGUCUACGAUAAACCUUCAAUGCAUCCUCGCAUAAGUCGUAAAGAAAGACUGUAUAUAGAGAGGAGCAUUCGUUUGUCGCAACAAUCCAGCAGUAAUCGUUUGGCGACAGCCUUCCAUAAUGUUAAUGACAACGAUGAUGACUAUAGAAUGGAGAGAACGGCGGCAGAACAUAACCGCAUACCCUGGUGCUCGAUUAUGACCUCAAUACCUCUAUGGGCAAUAUUGAUAACCCAGUGCGGACAAAGUUGGGCUUUUUACACCCAACUUACCGAACUGCCCACUUAUAUGAGCAAUGUUUUACACUUUGAUAUACAAUCCAAUGCUGUACUCAAUGCUAUUCCCUAUUUGACUUCCUGGCUGGUGGGUAUUGGUUGCUCUGCUUUGGCUGAUUGGCUGCUGGAGAAACGUUAUAUUACUACUUUGAAUUCCUAUAAAUUUUGGAAUUCUGUCUCUUCCAUUAUACCCUCGUUGGCCUUAAUUGGUGUGGGUUAUGUGGGCUGCAGUUGGCAGUGGGUCACCUUUAUGCUGGCCGGUGUCGGCUCAUUUGCUGGUGCCGUUUAUGCUGGCAAUCAAAUGAAUCACAUAUCCUUGAGUCCGCAAUAUGCCGGCACUAUGUAUGGCAUAACUAAUUCGGCAGCCAACAUUUGUGGAUUUUUGGCUCCUUACAUCAUUGGCACUAUAAUCAAUCAUAAUGAGACAUUAACGCAAUGGCGUAAAGUAUUUUGGUUGGCUGGUGGUUUAAAUAUUGGUGGAAAUCUCAUUUAUCUCAUCUUCAGCAGGGCUGAAGAGCAAAGCUGGUCUCGCCCUGAAGGUAUAACAAUUGGUGCUAGAAAUAUUGCUGCUGCUGGAGGACAUUUAACAACGUGAUACAUUAUUAUAAUGAUGUGAUGUUGAUGUGUACCUUAUAUAUUUUUUUAUUUUAUUUUUUCAAAGAAAGAACGUGUGAUAUAUAAUACUAUUAUCCCGGUCUGGCUUUGAUAGCAAUAGAGUGACUGGGGUAAAAAAAAAAAACGAAACUGUAACAAGAAAAACAUACUUGAUAGUAUUUUAAUGUAAUAUUCCUUAGUUAAAUGGUUUUAAUAAUACAAUUAGUUGUUCCUAUAACUAAAAGAAGGAGAUGAAUCGCUUCUUUUUUAUUACAACAAA